AUGAAGCCGCCGUGCUCAGGGCUGCUAGCGCCGUUCGUUUCCUUGCUUACCGCGUGCGGUUGUUGCACGUACGCGAAUGAAGUUUCCUACAACGCCAACUCUCCUGUAGUCCGCAUAAGCGAUGGACUCGUCGCCGGCCGGCGUGAAAUCAUCAGUGAUGCUACAGUGCACACGUUUCUCGGAAUACCUUACGCACAGCCUCCGGUGGGAGACCUUCGCUUCGAAAAGCCCCGGCCCCCAAAUCCGUGGCAGGGAACGUACAACGCCACCAGAAGCCCGAGCCCAUACAUGCAGAUAGAUUUUCCUUUCUUACUCGACAAGAAAAUCGACAACUCGCACGCUUCGGAGGACUGCCUCUACAUGAACGUAUGGAGGCCCGCUAAGGCAUGCGGUUCCGACGGCAAGGGCGAUGCCAGCAUGCCGGUCUUUGUUUUCGUUCAUGGAGGUGGCUUUCAGUGGGGUGACUCGUCGCUCUUCGCGCACGAUCUGUCCAACUUCGUUGCUCAUUCCGACGUGAUUGCCGUCGGUUUCAAUUACAGGGUGAGCAUUUUUGGCUUCCUAACGGCGGGUACGAAAGAGUUUCCCGGAAACUGGGGUCUCUGGGAUCAGAACUUGGCGCUCCAAUGGGUGCAGAAGAACAUAGGUGCUUUCGGAGGUAACCCGAAUGAAGUGACGUUAGCGGGCCAAAGUUCUGGCGCUAUUUCCGCAGCUCUGCACUCAAUUUCACCGAAGGGCAAAGGCCUUUUCAAAAGGAUGCUUCUGCAAAGCGGGUCAACUAUGUCUAUGAUCGUUGGAGAACCAUACAAAGGCUCGGCCAAAUUCAUAGCAGUGGCAGCGGGCGCGGGCUGCUACGAUGAAAAAAGGAGCGUCGAAGACCAACUCAAGGAGUCCGUAGCUUGUUUGAAGAAAGCCGAUGGCCGCGCCAUCUACGAGAGGCUCGCAAAGGAAAAACCUCAAGACCAUAUAUUCCCACCUGUGAAUGGUGAUGACUACCUUCUGGUUGACCCUCUGCUCGCAAAUGCAGCUGAUAAAAUAGCUACUGAGGAACUUUUCUUGGGGACGGUCACCAACGAAGGCACGAUCUUUGCUUACAAUGUCGCCAAACUUGUAAGUAGUAUCGGUGGUGCGUUUUCGUUGACAGAGGACUACAGGCUCACGGUGACAUUAGGCGUGAGUGCUCACGGUGACAUUAGGCGUGAGUACGCUCUUUAA